AUGUUGGCAAAUUUUCUUGAGGUAAUUUAAAAUGACAGGCUUUGUCGAGUGUGUAGAACUGAAUAGUUAUAGUCUCUUCACCAAACGAAGAAGGCCAAUUGUAUGCUAGUAUAUAUUCCAAAUUCUCCUGAAAAUGAGUACUCAUGCUCAAUUAUUCAAACUCUGUAAUCCCUUUCAAACUUCUGCUAUUUUUGCAUUGUAAACAUUUGCCAAAGUUCUGUUUUCAGCCGUCUACUCUACGCCUUUCACCUGGGUUUCAGAAUUUAUCCAAAUACAGUAAGAUCCUUUUUUGUAGAAACCCUAUUUUUCGUCAUCAAAGUAAAAUAUUUGAGUGGGAGAGAAACUGAGAUCAGAGAAUAAGUUUUAAAUUAUAUUUGAUCAGUUUGGAAUGUCUGAGGAGAUAUUUCUGUUACAAGAUAUAUAGUGCACUUUGAUAUUCUCACGUUAUUUUCGUAAUGGAGGAAAGGAUAUGCAACUAUUUUUAUGGAUAUUUCGCAAAAUUAAGUUUAGGUUUAAAAAAUCAGAAAGUAGUUACGUCUAUAAACAAAGUUAAUGUCUGCACGUUAUGUAUUUUUGACAGUUUUUACUCGAUUCAGUAUUUUUCUAAAUAACUUUUGACUAUGUAAUGAGAGGGGAGAAUAUCUCAAUAGUUGAAUGUAACGAAAACUAUAAUUAACAUUACCACACUCAACAUUUUUAUGUAGAAAAGGAGGUAAACGGGACUGAGAAAAGCCAUCACACCAGGAGCCCAUUACAUGGGCUUCUGAUCACACGUUGAAUUCGACGUGUCCCAAAGCUGUAUUUCAUGUGAUAAGGCUUUUGAAAGUCAAGUUUGGCCAGUGGAAAUUGUAGAUCAUAAUGGUUGUGAAACAGUUAUAGCUAACUAAAGUUUUGUAUUGGUAGAACGAUAUCUGUGACUCUCUGGUUUUUAAAUUUUUUAGAGAAAAUGUUCUUAGAGUUAAUUUUCUUAGGGUUCUAAGGAAAGUCCUUUUGCUCGUACUCAGACCUUUCACGGCCAAGCAGUUGUAACAUUUCAGUUACAGUCACAAGAUAGGGUUUGGGUACGAGAUCAUGAAAUUCUGGUCUAUAAAAUGACAGGAUGUUUGGUUUGCUUGUGUUUGGCAGCUAGGGAGGGAUGGUUAGGCAAUGUUCCAUUAUUUUCCACUACGCCCGCUUAUCGAAGUUGAAGAUUCCGUACAGCUAGGCAGCGAGUGGUGUUAAAAUUAUUUUUGAGUUUCGCGAAAGUUUUUUAUUAAAAAGCUUAGCACACAUAUCAUCAUUUGGGCCAACUUUAUGAAGUGAAAAGGGCUAGAAAAACCUCAUGGCCCUGGAUGUGGUCUCUGUCUAUUUUCAGGGACCUGUUGUUCAAAAUGUCAUCAUUCAGGGAAAGUUAUUUUUCACUUAUGCAAAAUUCAUCUUUAUUGAAAGAUGAAUCUUGUCGACAAAACCAAAAGCAGAUUUUCAGUAUUGAUUAUAAAUAAAUUUUGCUUCUGUUUUACUCUGGAGCUUUUUAGCCCUCCAAUAUCCUUAUCUGACAGGUAAUCUACUCGGUGGGCAUCUCUAACCUGAUGCAAAAUAAAUUUUCAUUAAUAUUCUGUCUUAAGGGAACACUAGUCUUCACAAUGGACGUCAAGGAGGUUCCCAAAAGUAAAUAUUUACCACAAUCAAUUGAUGCAAUUCUGGAGACUUUUGCUAUCAUAUAUGAUGGUUUAACUCGAACAUUUCUGAGGGAAAUUCCCUCCAACAAAUUUUACCCUUGUGCUAAUGUUUCCCAUGUUUUUGAGGCUUUUCAUCCUGCGCAGAUUCGAACAUUUGCAAUAAGACAGCGAGUGCAAGCAGCUGGUAUGAGAACUGGUAUGUUAGUUUACUAAACAUGUUGACUUUGUAGAAGUGUCCACUAUUUACGCCACCAAAAUAUGAGAUGUGUAUCUCAUCCUCAACAGGUUGAGGUAGUACGCAUAAAGUGGCAGUAGACACAAGUGGAAUCAUCCAAGGAGUGCAAGCAGCAAGUAUGUACAUCGGCCUGUUUUUGCAGUAUGAUCAACUGAACCAAAAAUGUUGUUUACCUAUAUAACCUUGUAUACUAGACGAGCUAAUAGUACAUUUCAUCCACGGUGAUUGGCUAGUUCAGAGGUGAAUAGGAAGUACUGUUCACCCACGUGCAGCCAAAGACCUGAACUGACCCUGCCAUAAAUGCGAGCAGGAAAAAUGGAAACGACGUUCCAUGUUUCCUGAACCUAUAUUUGAGAUUCGGUAGAGAUAUUAGAGAGAUAUUAAGCUGAGAAUGAUAACUGUGAAAUAAUCAACGCCAAAAGUAGGAUUGUUGUUCUUUCAAAUUUAUUUGACUUUUGCUUUUUUGGACUGUGACAGGGGUGCAUAUUAAGUUUUUUCCCUUUGUUUUUGUAACAACUGUUUUUCUUUCGUUUAAUUUACAUAUUAGUUUUAAUAAAGAUUUUUUCUUUGUGUAAUAACCUCGUUGAAUAAGUAGAAUGCAGUUUUUGAAUCAUUCCAGUGUCUUAAAAAUUCUAGAAACGCAAAUUUCAAUUCGCAAACUAACGACCAGAGCUUAUCCUUCGAGAAAGCUUACUUAAUUCCAUCGCGUGUUAAUUAAGGUGGCAAAGUCCAGAGAGGCAACAACCAAUCAAGGAGCCGUCUUUUAAAUACCAUCCUUUUCUCUUUUUCAAUGUAUUUCACUUAUUCGAGAUCGCAAUAUAUCUUUGGUUAGAGUCUAUUGGAGAUACGAAAGAAUUUCACUUUGCUUUCGUUGUGAAAUUAUGUGAAAUUAUAUUUUUGAGGCAACUUACUAUGGAAGAAAAAUGUUGAUUUUCUCUCUGUUUGAAGAACUGCAGUAAGCGUAGUCUCUUUCUCAACCAUUAUUUGGUCUCGUCACGCAACGCACUCUCUCUCUCUGACGAGGAAUGGAGGGCGUUGUGUGAACACAGAGUGUCCCAUGUCAACCAUCCCAGCCAAAAUAAUAACUCUUGCAUGCUACAUAUAUCUGUGUUUCUCUUUUUGGCAGGCAGAACAACAGUUAAAUUCCAACACAGUAAUGACUACUUUUUAAACAAGAAAAUGUAUCUACGCCUUCUGGUGACAUAUGGGAACUGA